GUGCGAUGGGUGGGGGCCGGGGUGCUUGCCUGUGACUUCAUGUCCACUUAUUCGGUCACGCCCCCCCCUGCGAGACCGACGUCACUUCCACGCUCACUUCCGGUCUCGUUCCGAGCGUUCAUUCCCAUUCUCGCCUCUCCUUAAUUAACUCUCUAAAUUAACUCUCUAAAUUAACUCUCUCGUUAUAUAUCAUCUCUCUAUUUAACUCUCUCCAUAAUUAACUCCCUUUUUAACUCUCUCCAACGCUCUCGUCAAAUCCGCUUCUCGCUAUAUAUAACUCUCUAAUUUAACUAAAUUUAGCUCUUUUAGCUUUACGUUUAAUCCUUCCCACCGCCAUGAACCCCAAAGGCGGCAAGGAGGAGGCUCCCUUCGACUUGGAGAAUCACUUCAUCCUGCGGCUACCCAGCGAGCAAGCUGAGGCUGUGCGCCGAAUCAUUCACUCUGGCAACAUGAAUCCUCGAGAGAGAUUCACCAUUCACCUGCACCCUGAUGGACGUCACGGCGUGGUGAAGGUGGACUCCUGCCCGCUGUCUGCUCGUCUCGUAGAGCUGCCCUGCAUCGUUGAGUCGCUCAAGACCAUCGACAAGAAGAACUUCUACAAGACAGCCAACGUGUGUCAGAUGUUGGUGUGCACGGGCGAGGAGGAGGAGGAGGAUGAGGAGGAGGAGGAGGCGCGUGAGGAGGUGGACGCCGAGGAGCCUGGAGCUGCCCGGCGCCGUGAGAAGGAGCGGCGCUCCCUCUGGAGCCACGGCAUCACCCCCCCGUUGAAGAACGUGAGGAAGAGGCGCUUCAGGAAGUCUGCCCGCAAGAAGUAUAUUGAGUGCCCAGAUGUUGAAAAGGAAAUCAAACGGCUGCUGAGGACUGACGCAGAAGCUGUGAGUGUCCGCUGGGAGGUGAUUCUGGACGAGGAUUUACGUGACGCUGACGGAGUCCGCGGGAACUUGCCUGGUCUCCUGCUGGACUCCUCGACCAGCGGGGCAGCCACAGCCACACCUAGGGGAGCCUCAGACCGUGACGAGCUCCGCGAGAUUUUCAACGAGCUGAGCAGCAGCGACGACGACCUCGACGACCUCCACCACCACCACCACCACCACCACCACCACAGCCACCACCACAGGAACACCGCCACCACCACCGCCACCACCGCCACCACCGCCUCGUCGUCGUCAACGGCGACAACUGCCGGGACAUCGUCCAAAGCGGCCGCGGCAGCCAAAGCCUCAUCAGCGGCGGCCGGAGGGGGUGGUGGAAGAAGAGGUGGAGGAGGUGGUGGAGGAGGAGGAGGUGGAGGAGGUGGAGGAGGUGGAGGAGGUGGAGGAGGAGGAGGAGGAGGUGGGAUGAAGACGAGAGGCGGCCGGGGGAGAGCCAGGGCAGACGAUGAGGAGGAGGUGGAGGAGGAGGUGGACGAGGAGGAGGAGGAGGAUGAGGAGGAGGAGGAGGAGGUGGACGCAGUGGGCGGCCAGAGGCGAGGAGGGGCCGGAGGGGCGGCCGGGAGGGCCGGGGAUGAGAAGACGCAGAUUGUGGGUGAGCUGAGGGCCCAGGUGGACGUGUUGACGCUCCGUCUCAGGGAGACCCGUGACCGCCGGAGGCGUCAGGAGGAGCUCAUCAACAAAGUGGGCAACGUGGCCCUGAAGAAUCGCCUCCAGGCAAAUUUGGAUGACAUCACAAGGCAGGAAGAAAAAGAGGAACAGCAGCUGGAGCUGUUGAGAACGCGAUUGGAGGCGGAGCUCACGAGGACCGCGACCUCCCGUGACCUCCCGUGACCUCUCACGACCUCCCGUGACCUCCCGUGACCUCUUACUGUGUGUGUGUCACUGUGUGUGUCUGUGUGUGUGUGUGUGAGUGUCAC